AUGCCAUAUAGUCACCACUCGCAUUCGGGCCAGUUCUGCCAGCACGCGACAGGGACGCUCGAAGAAGUUGUACAAGAGGCCAUUCGUCAAAAUUUCAAGGUCUAUGGGCUAACUGAACAUGUCCCUCGUUACAGGGAAGAAGAUCUCUACCCUGAAGAGGAAGGGAUGCCUCUGAAAACACUGGAAGACAAGUUUGAAGGCUUCUUGGACGAAGCCCAUCGCCUUCGGGUUAUUUACAAGGAGCAAAUCUCCCUUCUGGUGGGGCUAGAAACCGAAUACAUAACGAUCAAGGACUUGGAUAAGCUGGAGUUGUUGCUAAAGAAACACCGAGACCUCGGUCGCAUAGACUAUAUCGUCGGCUCUGUCCAUCAUGUGAACGAAAUACCCAUUGACUUCGACAAAGCCACAUACAAAAAGGCCGUAGCGUCUUGCAUGUUGGAUUCCGACGCGAGCGACACCGACAGUCCUUCACUGGAGCGAUUUCUGUGCAAGUACUUCGACCAGCAAUUCGACAUAAUCAGUAGAUUCCUGCCUGAAAUUAUAGGCCACAUCGAUCUUUGCCGCCUAUACACACCUGAGGUCAAAUUGGAGGACUUCCCGAAUGCGUGGCAGAAACUUAAGAAGAAUAUCGAGUUCGCGGCUUCAUAUGGUGCUUUGUUUGAACUCAACGCUGCGGCAUUUCGCAAGGGUUGGGACACGGCAUACCCAGGAAGGGACGUAGUCAAGCUCAUUCAAGAGCAUGGGGGCAAAUUCACACUUUCAGAUGAUAGCCAUGGGCCACAAGGCGUCGGGCUCAACUACGACAAGCUAGAGAAGUAUGUUCAGGACGUCGGAAUAUCAGAUAUAUUCUAUCUCUGCCAAUCGGAGGGGAGCGCUUUCUUCGACAGAAACGUGCGUGUCGUAGGGGAAAGCGUCGAUAACCUAUCCGUACACAACCGAGCUACCAUCAAUGCACCCACACCGCAUCACGGAGAUACUUAA